GAAGAAGUGAACAGAGUAAAAUCUCAAUUCGAUCUAAUCUUAUCUAAGAGCAGAUUUCCCACGCUUUCAUUACACUCCCCGCAGAUGUCCUUCUUUGAAAAAACUGUGAUUAUGAUACUCCUCUUUCAACCCCCUGACUCUAAUCCACCCUUUCUUUCUUAUCGCCAUCACCACCAUGUCCUCUCCUGACCAAUCCCCCGCUUCGGCCCCUCCCAAUUUACUCAAUCGUCUCAGCAAGUCCCUUAGCGGUCAGAAUCUAACCGCAAAGGCCAACCAGGACUCGCUUGGCGAGACCCAGGAGGUCGAUGUCGAGGAGAAUGAGAAGGAAAUGGUCGCCACUUCACCAACGGGUGAUGGUGCUGGCGAGGAGACCUCAGCAAAUGCAGCAGCAACCAACGCGACUCCCAACGAUGAAGGCCAACUAUCUGAAGCGGCUGAGACACAUGCUGUUGAACCUCAGGACGAGAAGAAACGCGAAGUUACCGGUUUCGAGCGUCUCAAGAAUGGUCUAACCAAAUUCAGUAAAGGCGGUCAUCGCAGGGCUGGCGAUUCUCAUUCGGACCAUGCGGUUCAGGCUUCAGCUGACACCAGCGCCCAAGUUUCUAUUGCUGAUGUUAGAGUUCAGGAUGGUGAAGGUGGUGGUAAUGCCGCAGGGAAAGGCGCUGAUGGGGAGUUCUCCACCGAUGCUGCAGAUGUCGCUGUUGAGGUCGAAGCCAACGGGGCCGAGACCGUCGUCGAUGCUGCCCAUGUAGCAGGAGGAGACGACGCUGACAAGAUCCCUGAUGAUCCUAUCGCCCUUGCCGACAUCAUUCGUAACCUCGUCAGAUCACUUCCUCAGCCAACCGAUCCUGUUCCCGUUCCCUCUAAGCCCAAGGUGCCUCAACUCGACGGCUCAGGAAAGCCCAUUCCUCCAUCAGGCGCGGUUCUUACGGACAAUAAGCAACUCGUUGCGAAGCUUAGGAGCCCUGCUGUCAUGAAUGGCAAAGCCUGCGAUGCUCCUGAAGGAGAAGAGGCUCCCACUGUCUUCGCCAUCUUGGACAGCUUCAAAGCCGCAUCUUCUGCUCCUGGUAACACCGGACCUAGCAGGGAAGGGAGUAACGUUAGCGAUGGCGACGAUAAUGCCGGUGAAGACGAUGGAGGAUCAGAAGGAGAGGUUGAACCGCACCAUACCAUCGCCGACGAUUGGAGCGUCAUGGUUUACCUUCCCCUCAUGCCAACCAAGAAAUCUAAAGUCGAGAUGGCCAAAUUCGAGGUCGUGCCCAUCAAUUCCGAAUUCAAACAGACAGUAAAGGCAAACACGGGUGUCGAUGACAGCAAAUUCGUUGAGUUGUUGAGUACGUAUAGGGCAUUCGGGACGUUCGGAAGGGGAACUGUUCCUCCUGUUAUCGUUGAGGAUGGCACGUCGGGCGGGAAGAACAAGGAGACUGCUCUUCGUUGGCCUAAGCCUACCUGGAAGUUAUGGCCUUGGAAGAAGAAGAAGACACCCACACCUGCUCCUGCUCCAUCACAGCCCCCAACCUCCGCUCCUGAUACCGAUACCAAGGCUCCUGAAUCCGGUUCGGGAGACACUGACAAUAAACCGAAGGAGGACGACAAGCCAGCUGACGGCGACAAGGACAAGAAGCAUCCCAACAAACUUAGAAAGCCCAAACCGACCCUUGACCAGCGUGUUUGGAUUCCGUCCAACACGCAAGUGAGCGUUCAAGCUCUUUGGUGGGGCUACAGGAUUUUCCUUCCUCCACCGGUCAUGUCUAUUCUUUCUGACAAGUCGCUUGAAGCUGCGAAGCGCGCCGCGAUGAUCACAAACGCACUGACUUGGCUCUUUUCCCACUUGCCGUUGACUAUGUUCCCUGCACCUAUGCAACCUGCUUUGCUCUUGUUACAACACAUCGUACCCUUUGUCGGGUAUAUUGGCACGUUCAUUACGUGGAGUUGGAGUGCGAUUAAAAGUUAUGAUGUUGGUUACGGUGUCAUUCUAUCCGCUACUUGGAUCCUCCCCGUCGCUCUGAUCCCAGGAACGUGGCAAGCGUAUGAUUUCCCUGGAUCCACUAAUCCGCCUGGUACUGGCGCGACGCCAUCUCAACCCUCAAUCCCCAAUACACCUGUCACGCAACCAUCGACUGGUACUCCUACGCAACCAUCUGCUGGUACUGGUCAACCUACCACUAAUCAACCUCCUACUGUCGGUACUCCUACACAGCCCUCUACUGGUACUGGUCAAUCCCCCGCUACUCAACCGCCCGCCGCUAGUACUCCUACACCCACGACUGGUACUAUACCUGAGCUGACGAUGUCUACACGGCUCAGGAUGGUAAAAGGCAACAAUACCCCAUCCGAGCCUACGAUUGGCACCGGCACCGAACUGACGAACUCUACACGACUCAAGUAUGUAAAAGGCAACAUAGCCUCUGCAACGAAUGCCAACGAUCUUCCUCCGACUGUUUCGAAGCGCCUUGCGUUGGUCAAGGGACAAGUUGUGCCUGUUCUGAGUACGGAUCCGGAGGAGGAUGUUGUUGGUUCUUCGGAGCUUCCGAAGACGAUGUCUAAGCGGCUUGCGUUGGUUAAGGGGAAGGGAGAGGAUGUUGCUACUGGGGAGAAGGAAGGGAAUUUGAAGAAGGAAACGACUGGUGGAGGCGUUUGGAAGUAUCUCAAAGGUGGAUUGAGCACGAAGGAAUCGGUUUGAUGAUGAUGAAAGUGUAAUGAGCUCAAUGGUCUUUUUUGGGUUCGUAUGUGUAUUAUGGUUGCAAUUGUGACCCCCCUCCCUCUUUUUUCUUUACCUUUGGUUUUUUUCUUUCGCUCUUUACCGUUGCGUUAUUGGAUUUUACGAUCAUGACCUGUUACGACCCAUCACCACUUUCUUUUUGUAGAUUGUUCAUGACCAUUCAUGACCACCCGCGAUGUGUUGAGCCAGUAGUUUAUCAAAUACUAUUAUAUGUUGUAUUAUUAUUAUUAGGAAAUUAAAUUCUUUAUUGGACCCCGUAGGAUGCCG